UCUGUCUGUCUGCCGUCUCCUCUGCUUUUCAAACUAACCACAGACACAGCCUGUUAGCAGCAGUGCUGCUUCGGGAUAGUUACUGUGACAACAGCUUCACGCAGCACACGACAGUGUUACUGUGACAACAGCAAGACCACAGUAUUAAUCUACUCACCAGAGAAGGGUUAGCCGGCCUGCCUGCCAGACUGCCUGCCUGCCAGACUGCCUACCUGCCAGACUGCCUGGCUGUCUCUGUUAAAGAUGGAGGACGUGGACACCCUCUUCACUGACCUGCUGGGUGAGAUGGACCUUCUCACUCAGAGUAUGGCGUCAGAGGUCAUCUCCAGAGAUGUCAUCAGCUCCAUCGGCUUCUCCGACCUGAACGAGUCUUUGCAGCAGUUGGAGGACCGUGAUCUGGAUGCUCUGAUGGCUGACUUGGGGUCAGAGCUGGGGUCGUCCCAGGGGUCAGAGCUGGGGUCGUCCCAGGGGUCAGAGCUGGGGUCGUCCCAGGGGAAGACCUCCACAGGGGGGAUGACCUGGCGAGAGGACAGCCAGUGGGGGGCUCUACCUCCUCCCCCACCGCCGCUCUCAAACACCUCCCCAGGACCAGGACUAGGACCACCAGGACCAGGACCAGGACUAGUACUAGGACCAGGACUCUUUUCAGAGGCAGAGCAAGAGGCUCAGGCCAAAGCUGACAAGAUCAAGCUGGCUCUGCACAAGAUCCAGGAGGCCAAGAUCAGGAAGCUGGUGGUGAGGGUGUUCCUGGAGGACGGCAGCUCCAAGACGCUGAUGGUGGACGAGCGGCAGACAGUGAGAGAUGUUCUAGACGACCUGUUUGAGAAGACGCACUGUGACCACAGCCUGGACUGGAGUCUGUGUGAGAGCAACCCUGAUUUGCAGGCUGAGCGGGGCUUCGAGGACCAUGAGAAGCUGGUGGAAGCGCUCUGUUCCUGGACACGAGACAGCAGCAAUACCAUUAGCUUCCUCAGAAGAACCAGCAAGUACUCCAUCUUCACACAACCACAGGUGUUUUAUCAAUGGAGAAAGAGCAACCACGUCCUGAAUGACAACAGUGAGAGGCAGAAAGACAUCCUGCUGAAGGAGAACUUUGAGGGAGGGCCAGUGAGGGUUCCAGACCUGGAGGGUCCCCUCUUCCUGAAGGAGGAUGGCAAAAAGUCAUGGAAACGACGCUACUUCCUGUUGCGCCCCUCCGGAAUAUACUAUGUUCCUAAGGGAAAGACCAAGACAUCAACGGACCUGGCUUGCCUCCUCCAGCUGGACCAAGUCAACAUCUACACCACCUCAGACUACAGACAGAGACUCAGAGCUCCAACAGACCACUGCUUCAUACUGAAGCACCCCAGGAUUCAGAGGGAGUCGCGGUACGUGCGCUUCCUGUGUUGUGAGGAUGAGCUCAGUCUGCUCCAAUGGGUCGCCUCCAUCCGAGUCACCAAGUACGGGGCCGUCCUGUAUAAGAGCUACCAGGCAGCACUGAGGACAGCCUCCACCUUCAGCUCCACCCCUCUGACCUGCCUGACUGUCUCAGCCCCGACCACACCCUCCAGUCAGCCCAGAGCAAGAAGAACCAAUGAGGAGGCUUCACAGACCUGUCAAUCAACUCCCAUCUCUUCCUCCUCCCAAAUCCAGCCAAUGGCAGAAGACAUCCAGGACGACUCAGAGCCUCCCCCUGACUUCAAGCCCCCGCCCCCUCCAGGGAGGGGCUCCAACAACGUUUAAGGGAUCACUGUUUUACAACCUAGGGUGGCCCACAUGGACGGAGUUAUUAAUGAUAGGACCAUUUUGGGAGCAAACUCCACCCGUCUGGGCUGGCCUGGGAUGCAAAACCUGGAAGUAGGGGGAGAAAGAGAAGGUUGUUAUACAUUUUCCUUUAGUUAGAAGUGUUCACAGGAAAACAUGCAGUUUAACGGAACUGCGUCUUCUUGUCUUGCAUCCCUUUAAAUUAAUGGAGUGUUGUCGCUUUCUGUGGGCCAGUCUGGGGAAGUACAUCUGGUAUGUGAGUGACAAUAAACCUGUGCUUAUGUACUACUACAAAGUGUGGUUUAUGAAAGGCCUUAUAAGAAGGAAAAUUAAAAUGACCUCCGAAACCUUAAGUCAACCAGCACAGGAAUGUUACAACCUUUGACAUAAAAUCCCAGAU